ACUGCAUGGAAGAAGUCUAUGUAGAGCUUUAUGGGAUUAUUACAAGAUAUCUGGACAUAUUGAAGGCUGUGAAAUACUUAGUGAAGAGGAUAUGUUGAAUCAAGGAGAACCUGAGAAAAUAUUAGAGAUCAGUGAGUUCUCAAUGCUUAGACUCAAUGAUAUUGCGGAGCAAAGAAAGCUGUAUUCCUCUUUCGACGAUAUAAUGUACCCUGACACUGAUCAUUCCGAUUGUGAAGAAAAAGAAAAUAACGAUCAGAAUAUGCGGAUACUGAGACGAAGGGAGUCUCCUCCUACAGACAGCUUUCCAACUGACAGUGAUGAUUUAAUUGCUAGAGACAUAGAAGAGUUCGAAAGACAAAAACAUCAUUUAAAAUCAAACUUGAAGGAAUCUGCGUUUUCUUUUACUCAGUUUUUAGAAAACUAUAAUUCCUCCUCGGCAAUGUCGUCUUCAUCAAGUACCUGGCCCAGCUCGGAGCUGGCUGUAGUAGGGCAUGGCAUGGUCCGACAUAGAACAGGUGUAGAGGAUGGACCUCCAUCAAAACCUCUCUCUAGACUUUCAUCUCUUGGAAGUUUGUUAGAGUUUAGUUCAUAUAGUUCCAAUGCCACUUGUAAUCAAGGUUUCAUUGUGAACCCUCUUCAUCCAACUCCUAACCAGGACUUGUCCAUCUAUAGAGGAUCCAGGGAGGUUAGACUAGUGGGUGGUGGAGGAAUAGUAGCAGCAGAUAGUAAGAAAGGAUUGAGUGCUCCCUACUCCCACUGCUUAAGUCGACCAAGCAGUUCCGGGUUUUCAGAUUCAUCUUUUCAGAAUAUACAACCAAGGGCACAUGAGGUUGGAAAAAUGAAUGAUGAAUCAAAACCUGGUCCUGUCUCAUACCUAGUUCUAGAACUCAAUAAUCAUCAGGAGGCUGUGAAUAAAUAUUUAUCUGGAAGAAAAAGUGACCAACUAAUGCAGAGACAAAAGUCUGGACGAAGAAUUGGAAAGAUAAAACUGUAAAAACUAUUUUUGAAAUAAACUUGUAGACAUCUA